AUGUACAUCACUCUCUACUACUUAGUCACUCGCCUCCCUGACUCCCUUCGCGUAGUCAGGGACCACUUCCUCUCAGUCUGUCCCACCACUCUCACUGUUGACCUCCUCGAGAAGUCCCUCCUAGCGGCCGAGAAGAGCAUAGUCGCUGUAGGGGCCUCUCGUGGUGACCCGCGCACCCCCAUGUUUGAGGGGUGUUCCCCCUCCCCCCUUCUGCCCUCCGUUGCCUCUGCUGCUGCGGCCGACCUCCUUGGUCUUGAGUCGGUCGGUGCGGCGUCUGCCCCUAGCGGGAGACGCCGCUCUGGCAAGGGCAAGGGGGGCAGGGGCGCUGGAGGAGCGAGCGGGGGCGGUGGAGGUGGAGGUGUAGGCGGCGGGGGGAGUGGGGGUGGUGGUGGGAGUGGAGGUGGGGGUGGAGGUGUCGGUGGCGGCAGUGGAGGCGGAGGCGGCGGCGGCGGUGGCGGUGAGAGCGGAGAUGGCGGAGGUGGUGGCGGUGCAGGAGGCGGCGGAGGCGGCGGUAGUAGCGGAGGCGGCGGAGGCGGCGGAGGCGGCGGGGGUGGCGGUGGAGCUGGUCGCGGGUCUACGCAGAGGAGUGGCUCCGGAAUUGGUCCGCGCCAGCAGCAGCAGCGCGGUCGUGAGACCCUGUCCCCUCAGCAGCUCCGUGAGUGGUACACUGCGCGCCAGCGGGGUGGGGGUUUUGGUCCGUGCACCUACGUCCUGCGCACCGGCGACCUUGCGGGUGAGCAGUGUGGGGGUGCGCACCCCACCCAGCGCUGCUUUGGCCGCUUGAGGGACGCGUGGCGCCACCAGUUCCCGGAGGCCACAGAGAUCCCUCGCUGGGGCGAGUUGUCUAGGGUGGGAGUUGCCAUCUAUGAUCUUGAUUUUGAUGCUAUCCUUUCUGCCAUGUAUGCUGUGUCUAUUAGUGAUGAGGGUGACUGUUACCGGUGUUUCCCGCCUGAUCCGGGCAUUGAGACUGCUGCUCUAGGUACUGGUGAGGCUGCUGCCCUAGGUGCUUGCGACGCUGUUGCUCUAGGUGCUAGUGCGUCUGCGUCCUCAGGUACUGGUGAGUCUGCCCUCUCAGGUACUACGUCGGCUUCGGCCUCCCUCACCUUCACCCUUGACUCUGGGGCUUCUCGCUCCUUCUUCCGGGACCGCACCACACUCACGCCGCUCAGUCGGCCUGUUGCGGUGUCUCUGGCUGACCCCUCUGGGGGUCCUGUCCUGUCUCACUUCUCCACUGUCCUCCCGUGUCCGGCGGCUCCCUCUGGCACCCUGUCUGGUCUCUACCUCCCCUCGUUAUCUACGUACCUGGUGAGUGGUGCUGACCUACAGGAUGGGGGAGUACACCAGUUCACUCCUGCGCGUCAGCGGGUGACGCACUGUACAGAGGCUAGCACAGGCCGACACCUGGCUACGUUUACCCGUCAGCCAGGGUCGAGCCUGUACACACUGACCACUGCGUCUCCCCCGGUUGCUGCGUCUGGUAGGGUAGCUGCGUCGGGUCAGGUGUUUGCUGCAGCGUCCAGGUCUGGUCCUGAGUCUGCCCCCUGUUCGUGUCGUCUCCUGUCUCACGAGACUCUCCUCUGGCACCACCGCCUUGGUCACCCCUCUCUGCUUCGGCUCAGAGGCAUAGCCUCCCGUCUUCUUGUUUCUGGUCUCCCCCGGUCCCUUCCUCCCCUUCCUCAGGGCCCUGGCCCUACCUGUGUCCCCUGUGUCAAGGGGCGCCAGCGGGCUGCCCCUCACUCCUCCCAGUUUCCUCCGACAGAGGCCCCGUUGCAGACGCUUCACAUGGACGUGUGGGGCCCAGCCCGCGUCCGUGGACAGGGUCACGAGCGCUACUUCCUGCUCGUUGUUGACGACUACUCGCGUUACACCGCAGUCUUUCCCAUGCGCAGCAAGGGUGAUGUCACAGAGGUGCUGAUCGACUGGAUCCGCGCAGCUCGUCUCCAGCUCACGCAGAGCUUUGGCUCGGACUUUCCUGUUCUGCGUCUGCACUCGGACAUAGGCGGAGAGUUUUCUUCUGGCCUUCUAAGAGCCUACUGUCGCGCACGAGGAAUCCGUCAGACCUUCACGCUUCCGGACUCCCCGCAACAAAAUGGGAUUGCUGAGCGCCGCAUUGGCAUGGUCAUGGACGUCGCUCGUACGUCUAUGAUGCAUGCGGCUGCUCCCCAUUUUCUGUGGCCGUUUGCGGUGAGGUACGCGGUGCAUCAGAUCAACCUACACCCCAGGGUCUCCAGGCCGGAGACCUCCCCAGCCUUGCUGUGGACGGGGAAGGUUGGCGAUGCGUCGGCGUUCCGGGUCUGGGGAUCUCGGGCGUUUGUCCGCGACCUGUCUGGGGAGAAGCUGUCCCCUCGUGCUGCUCCUUGCGUCUUCCUCGGGUUCCCCCCUGACGCGCCUGGGUGGCAGUUCUACCACCCCACCUCUCGCCGUGUUCUGUCCUCCCAGGACGUCACGUUCGACGAGUCGGUCCCCUACUACCGCCUCUUCCCCUACCGCACUCCGUCCCUCCCCCCGCCGCUGCUCUUCCUUGUACCCGGUCCCUCUCCAGUAGACCCCCUCCCCCCUCAGGGUCCGUCCCCUUCAGGUGUGUCCCAGGUAGACGCAGUCGAGCCUGUCGAGGUCACUGGUGACUCUGGUGCUGCUGAGGGUGCUGAGCCUGGGGGUGCUGACUCUGGGGGUGCUGAGCCUCGGGGUGCUGAGCCUGGGGGUGCUGCGACUAGGGGUUCUGAGCCUGGGGGUGCUGAGUCUGGGGGUGCUGCGCAUGGGGAUGCUGAGCCUGGGGGUGCUGAGCCUAGGGGUGCUGAGCCUGGGUGUGCUGAGCCUGGGGGUGCUGAGCUUGGAGGUGCUCCGCCUGGAGGUUCUCCGGGUGCUUCGUCUGUGCAGGAGCCAUUCUCUCCACGGGAGCUCCGCGAGUGGUUUGCCCGGCGCUGGAGGCGUGCUGCUGGUGCUGGAGGCUCUUCGGCAACUGAGGGUGCUGCUGUCGCGGGUCCCGGCCGUGCUCGUCCUGGGAGUACUGGAGCUGCUGGGCGUGCGGGUUCGACUGGAGCUGGUGCUGUUGAGGGUGUUGGAGCUGAGACUACUGCUGGCGGUCCUACUACGGGUACUCCUAGUACUGCUGGAGGUUCUGGCGCUGCUCGUGGUGCAGCUGGAGCGGGUGCUCCUGCUGGGGGUACUGCGUCGUGA